AUGAACGACCUCGCGAGCCUUACAUUCAGUGAAACCACCCACACGAACGGCACAAGUCCUGCAAAUGGAGAUUCUCAGACCAACGGAGACCUCCAGGAUGCCUUCGUCGACCGCGUAGCAACUUCCGCCAACACACCCGAGCUGGUUCCUGGCCUGGUCGAUCAAGUUGCUUCUCUUGGCAAAGUCGCCAGUCUGCAAGACCACACCGAUCGGACAACACUUUUGGAAGCCGCUCGCUCCUUGGUCUAUGCACUUGAAACUCCGCGUGAGGCUAUGAUCAGAUACUGCUGGUCCCAGGCUACUCUGUAUGCUUCUGUAGAGACAGCUGUUGACCUAGGAAUCUUUGCUAUCUUAUCCAAAGAUGAGAGGCCCAAGUCUGCUGCCGAGCUGGCUAAUGCCACAUGUGCUGACCCAGUGCUUCUUGCUCGUAUCCUGAAGCAUCUGUGUGCAAUGGGAGUUAUCCUCGAGACCGGUCCGAACGAAUACCGCCGCACCGGAAUUUCCAUUUCGUUGAGCUUGCAACGAUAUAAUGAUGCAUACCCUUGCAUGACCAACUGCAUCACCUCCGGCGUGCUUGCUCUACCUGCCCAACUCAAGAAAGACGGUUAUGCCAACCCAGCCAACGGCAAGGAAUGUGCCUUCCAGCGCGGAUUCCGAACCGAUCUUCACUUCUUCGAGUUCAUGAAGGAGAAUCCAGAGGUUGCUAGCCAGUUCAACAAUCAUAUGUCCGUCUACCACCAAGGACGUCCUAGCUGGAUGGAUGCUGGUUUCUACGAUGUGCCCAACCUGUUCUCCGAUGUUGCGCGGGAUGACGUUCUCCUCGUAGAUGUCGGUGGCGGCAUGGGCCACGAUCUCUCGGAGUUUAGGCGAAAGUGGUCUGAUGCUCCAGGGCGUCUGGUGCUCCAGGACCUUCCCGAUGUUAUCGAUCAAGCCAAGUCAGGACAACUGCACCCCUCGAUCGAGGCAAUGGAGCAUGACUUCUUCACCGAGCAGCCAAUCAAGGGUGCUCGCGCUUACUAUAUGCACUCUGUCCUCCACGAUUGGACAGAUGAUAAUUGCCGUAAGAUCUUGAAAGGUCUUGUGGAUGUCAUGAAACGAGGACACAGUAAGGUGCUGAUUAACGAGAAUGUCAUCCCUGAUACAAACGCAUACUGGGAGACAACCAGUUUGGAUAUUAUCAUGAUGGCUGAUUUCGCUUCGACCGAGCGAACUGAAGCUCACUGGCACCAGCUGGUGGGAUCUGCUGGGCUGAAGAUCACGAAGGUUUGGAGUGUCCAGAAAGGAGUCGAGAGUCUUAUUGAGUGUGAAUUGGCAUAG